AUGGGCUCCACCCCGUCCCGUACAAACACUCCACACCCCAGACCCUCCCAGCAUCACUACCCUCCCCUGGACAAGCCCUCCCAGCAUCACUACCCUCCCCUGGACAAGCCCCCCAAGCAUCACUACCCUCCCCUGGACAAGCCCCCCAAGCAUCACUACCCUCCCCUGGACAAGCCCUCCCAGCAUCACUACCCUCCCCUGGACAAGCCCUCCCAGCAUCACUACCCUCCCCUGGACAAGCCCUCCCAGCAUCACUACCCUCCCCUGGACAAGCCCCCCAAGAAUCACUACCCUCCCCUGGACAAGCCCUCCCAGCAUCACUACCCUCCCCUGGACAAGCCCUCCCAGCAUCACAACCCUCCCCUGGACAAGCCCCCCCAGCAUCACUACCCUCCCCUGGACAAGCCCUCCCAGCAUCACAACCCUCCCCUGGACAAGCCCUCCCAGCAUCACUACCCUCCCCUGGACAAGCCCCCCAAGCAUCACUACCCUCCCCUGGACAAGCCCCCCAAGCAUCACAACCCUCCCCUGGACAAGCCCCCCAAGCAUCACAACCCUCCCCUGGACAAGCCCCCCAAGCAUCACAACCCUCCCCUGGACAAGGUCCCCAAGCAUCACAACCCUCCCCUGGACAAGGUCCCCAAGCAUCACAACCCUCCCCUGGACAAGGUCCCCAAGCAUCACAACCCUCCCCUGGACAAGGUCUCCAAGCAUCACAACCCUCCCCUGGACAAGGUCUCCAAGCAUCACUACCCUCCCCUGGACAAGGUCCCCAAGCAUCACUACCCUCCCCUGGACAAGGUCCCCAAGCAUCACAACCCUCCCCUGGACAAGCCCUCCCAGCAUCACUACCCUCCCCUGGACAAGCCCCCCAAGCAUCACAACCCUCCCCUGGACAAGCCCCCCAAGCAGCACAACCCUCCCCUGGACAAGCAUCACUACCCUCCCCUGGACAAGCCCUCCCAGCAUCACAACCCUCCCCUGGACAAGCCCCCCCAGCAUCACUACCCUCCCCUGGACAAGCCCCCCAAGCAUCACAACCCUCCCCUGGACAAGGUCCCCAAGCAUCACAACCCUCCCCUGGACAAGCCCUCCCAGCAUCACUACCCUCCCCUGGACAAGCCCCCCAAGCAUCACUACCCUCCCCUGGACAAGCCCUCCCAGCAUCACUACCCUCCCCUGGACAAGCCCUCCCAGCAUCACUACCCUCCCCUGGACAAGGUCCCCAAGCAUCACUACCCUCCCCUGGACAAGCCCCCCAAGCAUCACUACCCUCCCCUGGACAAGCCCUCCAAGCAUCACUACCCUCCCCUGGACAAGCCCCCCAAGCAUCACUACCCUCCCCUGGACAAGCCCCCCAAGCAUCACUACCCUCCCCUGGACAAGCCCUCCCAGCAUCACUACCCUCCCCUGGACAUGCCCCCCAAGCAUCACAACCCUCCCCUGGACAAGGUCCCCAAGCAUCACUACCCUCCCCUGGACAAGCCCCCCAAGCAUCACUACCCUCCCCUGGACAAGCCCUCCCAGCAUCACUACCCUCCCCUGGACAAGCCCUCCCAGCUUCACUACCCUCCCCUGGACAAGCCCCCCAAGCAUCACUACCCUCCCCUGGACAAGCCCUCCCAGCAUCACUACCCUCCCCUGGACAAGCCCUCCCAGCAUCACUACCCUCCCCUGGACAAGCCCCCCAAGCAUCACUACCCUCCCCUGGACAAGCCCCCCAAGCAUCACUACCCUCCCCUGGACAAGCCCUCCCAGCAUCACUACCCUCCCCUGGACAUGCCCCCCAAGCAUCACAACCCUCCCCUGGACAAGCCCCCCAAGCAUCACUACCCUCCCCUGGACAAGCCCUCCAAGCAUCACUACCCUCCCCUGGACAAGCCCUCCCAGCAUCACUACCCUCCCCUGGACAAGCCCCCCAAGCAUCACUACCCUCCCCUGGACAAGCCCUCCCAGCAUCACUACCCUCCCCUGGACAAGCCCCCCAAGCAUCACUACCCUCCCCUGGACAAGCCCUCCCAGCAUCACUACCCUCCCCUGGACAAGCCCCCCACCACAGAGCUUUAUGUUCCAAGGGUUUAA